AUGCCCGUCUUCCAAUAUUCUCCUCUGGAUCAGGGGCCUUUCAGCACUCGCAUACUUCGUCUGCUCCCAAGCAAGGACAGAGCCGCUCCGAUCGCAUGCCAGCUUUCCAAUUAUUCUCUUCUGGACGAUACUGCCCAAGAGUAUGACGCCCUCUCAUACGUGUGGGGAGCUCAGACAAACGGGCAGAGCAACAUCUCCAUCAACAACCAGGCUUUUUCAGUCGGAAAGAAUUUACACUCCGCCCUCCUUAGGCUUCGAGGCUAUGAGUUUGAACGGACAUUAUGGGUCGACGCAAUUUGCAUCGACCAGAACAACAUGGGAGAGAAAGAGAGGCAAAUCCAAAACAUGGCCCGCAUAUAUGAGCAGGCCAGACAGGUGGUGGUGUGGUUGGGCGAGGAGGCGGAUAGUAGUACUCGGGCUUUAGAAGCUAUUCGUGAAGCGGCAGAGGGAGUGUUUGCUGGAGAACUUUUUAACCUGCCAUCAGACAGCAUCCCCAUUGAGGGGGUCAAAAGUCUGUUCCAGCGGACAUGGUUUUAUCGCAUGUGGAUACAGUGUGGUCCUGUCAGAAUGAGCGGUUACACAUUUGCCACGGGCAUUCAAGCAUGGGGCUCGUAUGCUGGCCCUAGUGUUUUGAGUACAACACAUCUGAUCCGUGGAGCAAUCUUUCGACCUCAGUAUGGAACGCAUUCAAUGAAGAAGCUCUCUCUGUCCGAAUUGGUUGAUAUGCAUCAUACGAACGAGGCCACUAUUCUGCAUGAUAAAAUCUAUGCUUUACUGGGACUGAGUUCUGAUGCUCAUAAGGCACCCGUGAAGACCUGGCCUGGUAGGGAAAUUGCAAGCAUACAAAGCAGUGGAUGGAUCCUGGGGCUCAUUGUCACCGCGGAAGAAACGCACACAAAGACCUUUUUGCAAGUGCUUCUGACUGGGCAGGCUAAAGUGGACUACAAGAAAGCGUGGAAAGUAAGAUGGACCAUCGGGAAAUCAGUGGAACCGAUCAAGCAAUAUGACAUUGUAUGCCUCCUGCAGGGAGUUUCAGAUCCAUCCAUCAUCAGGUACUCGGAUGGUUGUUUCAGAGUGAUCGUGCUAAGGGCCGUUCUUCAGAAGACAGACGUGGCAGGAAAUGCAGAUCUCGAGAAAAUACGGUCCGAGAAAAAUCGUCCGGCUCUCAACUUCCACCUUGUUUGGGGCUGGAAAGAGCAGUUGUUACCUUCCUUAGAUAUACUCGACUUGGCAGCAGAGGCUGUUGGAACGAAGUCGGCAAUUGAGAAGGUUCUGUGGGACACUAAUGUGGCAAUGCACGAGACAGCAUGCAAUUGUAAAAAUAUUUACUGGCAAGCCAUGCUUGCAACCGAAGACAUUCUCCGGCUAUUCACAGAACGACUUGGAUUUCAACAUCCAAAGACAUGGUUGGCCUUUUACAGCUUGGCGCUCUUGUACUCCAAGGGAUAUAUUGGCGACAAGAGAAUACCACUCCUGAACUUCGAUCGAACUAAGGCAAGAGAUAUAUUGCGGGUGAGGUGCGGUAUCCAACAUCGUUCGCAAAAGGAUUUGGCGUUGUUGGUGGGACAUAAUUACUGUCGCCGAAUGUACAUCGAUGAACCGGAUUUUAUUUCUGGCAGCAUGGAGGUUCCCGAGCACAUGAAGCUCCAACGAUCAUUGAAGGAUCUGCUAUGUGAGAUUAAGCACAGGCCCACAAUGAAGCUCAAUCCAUUGUUUUGA